AUGGCUGGAGGAACAGCUCUAAAUUCAACCUCUGUAGGAUCUAAGUCAGUUCCAAUGAGAAACCAUGAAGCAACAGAGAGAGGCAAUAACAAAAACAACAACAACAACAAGAACUUGAAAGCAUUACCCAAACCGGUUCAACCUUCAUCAAUGAAAGGAGAGAUGGCUAAGAGGCCAAGAGGUAGACCAGCUGGCUCCAAGAACAAACCAAAACCACCGAUCAUUGUGACUCAAGACAGUCCAAACUCCCUCAGAGCUCAUGCCCUUGAGAUCAGCUCAGGUAAUGACAUCUGUGAGACUCUAUCAGACUUUGCUAGAAGGAAACAGAGAGGAAUCUGCAUACUAAGUGCCAAUGGUUGUGUGACCAAUGUGACAUUAAGGCAGCCAGCUUCAUCAGGAGCUAUUGUUAGAUUACAUGGACGUUUUGAAAUCCUCUCAUUGCUUGACUCAAUCUUGCCUCCACCGUCACCGGUUGGUAUAACCGGUUUGACCAUUUACUUAGCCGGGCCCCAAGGACAGGUUGGUGGUGGUGGAGUGGUUGGUGGGCUAAUAGCAUCUGGUCCUGUUGUUCUCAUGGUUGCAUCUUUCAUGAAUGCUGUGUUUGAUAGUCUUCCUCUGGAUGAUGAUGAAGCUGCCUCUAUGCAGAACCAGCAGUACUAUCAUAACGGAAGAUCUCAUCCUUUAGAUGACAUUCAAAGAUUGCCUCCUCAAAACCUUCUCACUAAUGGACACUCUGAUUCUGAUAUUUACUGGGGUCCUGCACAGCGUGCUAUGUCCAAACCUUAA